AAUAAAAAAGGAUCCGAUGCCAAAAUAAUUGAACUAGUCAUAAAUUAAUGCACGCUGUUUUUGCCUACCCCACUUGCCUACCUGCUUUUUCAUAUAUUUCAUAAAAAAAGACGCAAUUCAAUUGACCUUUACCAAAAGCAACUCAUCUUCGUUUCAUUAGUCCAUUUGAUUUCCAAUACUUAGUAUCAUCCUUUACACAUGCUAUAAUCGUUGUUUAAUUUCCAAACUUACAAAUUUGUUCUUAUCUUCUUUGUUUUGUGUGGGAUUUUCUUUCAAACCUUCCAGAUUGCAGAAGCAAAGAUGGCAGAAGCUCUUUUGGGUGCUGUCCUUGAAGAACUGGUGUCUAAACUGAUUUCAAUUGCUGCUGAACAAACCAGCCUUGCCUGGGGUUUCCAGAAGGAGCUGAAAAGAUUGCGUGACUCACUAGAAAUGAUCGAAGAUUUCUUGCAAGAUGCAAUGGAAAGUCAAACAAAGGAGAAAGCAGUGAAACGUUGGUUGAAGAGGCUCAAAGAUGUUGCUUACGAGGCCAAUGAUGUGCUUGAUGAGUUUGCUUAUGAAAUUCUCCGAAGGAAAGUGGAGCUUCGGAACCAAAUUUGGAGGAAGGUACUCGACUUCCCUUCUUCUAACAAUUCCAUUUUAUUUCGUCUCAAGAUGGCUAAUAAAAUUAAGGACAUCCUUAAAUCACUGGAUGACCUUAACAACUUGGCCGAUCAAUUUGGUCUUCAACAGAGAGCUAUAGAUCGUAUAACUCCAGUUCCUGCAUAUGGAGGACCAAAGGUGGAGACAAUCUCCUAUCCCGAUGACUCAAACAUUGUCGGAAGGAAACAUGAUGUUUCAAAAGUAGUUGACCUGUUAGUCAAUCCCAAAGAUGAACAGAUUGUGUCUGUUGUGCCAAUAGUAGGCAUGGCAGGUCUUGGCAAAACUACUUUAGCAAAGCUGGUGUAUGAUGAUUUGAAUGUGAAAAGGCAUUUUGAUGUCAAAUUCUGGGUGUGUGUUUCUGAUCAUUUUGAUGUCAAGAGGAUUUUAAAAGAGAUGUUAGAGCAUUUUACUGACGAUCAGAUCUCAAUUCCUCAAAAUAUGAAUGCAAUGAUUAAGAAACUCAAGGAGAAGAUUGAACGAGCCAAAGGAGAAAAGGAUCAGAUCAGGUAUCUUCUUGUACUUGAUGAUGUGUGGGAUGUUGCGAAAUGGAAGGAACUGAAGGAUUGUCUGAUUGGAGUUAAUCAAAAUGAGGGCAAUAGAGUUAUUGUUACAACGCGCAGCGAAGUAGUAGCAUCAGCAAUGCAAGCACUUCCGAAUCGAAGGCAUCAACCAGGAAGAUUAAAAGAUGAAGAAUGUUGGUCCAUAAUUAAAGAACGUGCAUCGAGAGGCUGUCUAGUGUCUCACGAAUUAGAGUUAAUUGGAAUGGAAAUUGCUAAACUGUGUCAAGGUGUGCCAUUGGUGGCUAAAGUUAUUGCAGGGAUAAUGUGCAACAUUGAAAUGAGUCAAGGCACUUGGUUGAAAAUUCAAAACAGUGAUGUAUGGGGUUCAAUAGAAAGUGUGUUACAAUUAAGUUUCGAUCAUUUGUCUUCUCCAUCUUUGAAGAAGUGUUUUGCGUAUUGUGCCAUGUUUCCUAAAGAUUAUUGCUUUGAAAAAGAGCAACUGAUCCAACUAUGGAUGGCCGAAGGAUUUCUUGGUAGCUCUAUGGAAAUGAUGGAUACUGGUAACAAAUACUUGAAUGAAUUGUUAUCAAUUUCCUUAUUUCAAGAUGUUGAGAAAGAUACAUGCGGGAAUAUUCUCACAUUCAAGAUGCACGACAUGGUGCAUGAUUUAGCUUUGUCUGUGUCAAAGUUUGAUACUUUGAUUUUCCAAGAAUAUUCCACUUCUACGCUAAAUGAGUUUUCUCAUAUUCGUCAUCUCAAUGUUGGAUGUGAUGGGGAAUUAUUGCCAAGAAUGUUGACAAUGACUGCUCCAAAAUUACAGUCGCUGUUUUCAGAGAUUGAUGUGAUAAAAAAACUAUCAAUAACCUUCACAAGUUUGAGAGUCCUAAAGUUUGUCGGUUCUAAUAUUCUCGAGUUGCCAACUUCCCUUGGAGAAUUGAAGCACCUGAGGUAUUUAGACAUCUCAAAGACUUCUAUCGUAGAAUUACCCAAGUCUACAACCAAACUUUACAAUCUGCAAACAUUGAGGCUUUUGGGUUUACGGAGACUCACAAUUCCGGAUGGAUUGAGAAACUUGAUAAGCUUGAAGCACUUGUAUUUUGAUAGAAAACCUAUUCAACCGGUCUUAAUUGGAAACCUAACUUGUCUGCAAACAUUGCCCAUAUUUUUUGUGGGUUCAGAAAAGGGACAUCGAGUUAAGGAGCUAGGAUCUUUAAACGAACUCCGUGGAGAAUUAAGGAUACGCGACCUUCGACAUGUUAGAGACAAACAAGAGGCUCAUGGAGCAUAUCUGCACCGCAAAGAAAAAUUAUGCAAGGUGAUAUUUGAUUUUAGCUGGAGUAAUAACUGUAAGGAAGUGAUAGAAGGCCUCCAACCCCACUCAAAUUUGCAGAGCUUAAUUGUUCGAAAUUAUCGAGGCGAAAGCUUCCCCUCAUGGAUGUUCAAACCAGUAGGUGAUUCUAAUACUGGUUUAUUGUUGCUCAACAAUUUGAUGGAGUUGGAACUUAUCAAUUGCACCAACUGUGAAAGUCUACCACCUUUGGACCAAUUGCGCAAUCUCCAACUUCUUAAGUUGGAAAAUCUGAGAAACGUGAAAUGCAUGGCUAACGAAUUUUAUUGCAAUGAAAGUAGUGAUAGUAAGAAUGAGGUGAUCAGAGUAUUUCCUGCAUUGAAAAAAUUGACAUUAGUGGGAAUGGGAAGUCUAGAAGAAUGGACAACAAUGGAAACAACAAAUACGACAAUGUUUCCUUGUUUAGAGGAGCUUCAUAUUUUUCAUUGUGCUUCUUUAAGAAGUGUUCCACUAAUGGGACAGUGUUCAUCUCUUAAAAAGCUUUGCAUUUUGGCGUGUGAAAAAUUAAGCAAGAUAGGAGAUGGGUUGACAACAUCCACUUGUCUCAAAGAAUUGGAGUUAGAUAGUUGUCCUAAUUUAAGCUCGAUUCCAAAUUUGGAAGGGUUUUCCUCUCUUCUAAAUCUAUCGGUUCUUAGAUGCGACAAAUUAAAUGUUGUUCCAAUAUUAGGAAGUUGUUCAUCUCUUGAAAAGCUUAUUAUUAUUCAUUGUGAAAAUUUAAGCAAGAUAGGAGACGGGUUGAAUACCUCCACUUGUCUCAAAGAAUUAGAGCUCUCCUUUUGUCAUAAUUUAACUUAUGUUCCAAAUUUGGGAGGAUUCUGCGCUCUUCAAAGAUUAAAAGUUGUUUCCUGUGACAGAUUGGAGAUAUUUCCACUAAAAGCACCACUACCAUCCCUUAAAGAAGUGAUGAUAAGUGAUUGCCCUAAUUUGAAGCCCAUUCCAAGUUUAGAUGGACUCUCUGCUUUCACAGAAUUAACAAUUAACAGAGUAGGCGAAGGAUGGAGUUGUCUGCUACCAAAUAUGUUGCGACCCAACAAAUUUGUCUGAUCUGAAUGGAUACCAGAUGACAGCCCUGGUAGGUUUAAUUGCUUGGGAAAAUUAGCCAUUGGCGGUUUCUCAGAAGAGCUGCAUGAAUUCGCAUGUCUCAGUUCCAUUCAAUAUCUCAGUGCCUCCCUUCGAGUUUUAAAGUUGAUUGGUUGGCAAAAGCUAAAGAGCCUUCCCCCCCAACUUCAAUUCCUCACUGCCCUUGAACAAUUGACGAUAGAAGAGUUUCAAGGAAUAGAAGCCUUGCCAGAGUGGUUGGGAAAUCUCUCUUCUCUAUUGCAUCUGUGGAUCCGUUCAUGCAAGAAGCUCAUGUACCUUCCUUCUGUAGAUGUUAUGCGAAGCCUCUCCAAAUUAGUAAGGAUUGACAUUGAAAACUGUCCGCAAUUAGAGACAAGAUGUGAGAGGGAGAGUGGCCCUGAAUGGUGCAAGAUUUCCCACAUUGCAAAAAUAACUAUUAAUGGUCGGAGGAUUUAGUUUGGGCAUGGAUACUUUGAAGACUCUGUUUGCGAACAAAAUUAUGGAUAGAUAAGGAGAUGCUGAUAGGGCUUGAGUCGGAGUGAAUUGUUCUCCUUUUCAACAUUAAAGAGCUAUAAUAUAUAAAAGACAGCUUUGGUUCACCAAUGCAGUGUUGAUCAACUCUCGAUCGGGGGUUUAUCUGAUGUCUGUCUGAGCUGAUUUUUGGACAAUGGCUAGUAGGCUCCACGAUUUCGAUUGUGCAAGGUUGGAUUUUUCAUACGGAUUUUGUAGUUUUAGGUUUUUCAUUUUCAAUGUUACAUAUUUGGGUGAUAUUCUCAACUUUUCUCUUUAGUUUGCUUGAGAUUAUUUGUUGAUAGUCAUGUUAGAGUUGUAUGCUUUUUAUUGUGGCUUUGUAUUGUAAUCUUGUAACAAAACCUUGGAGUAUAGUGAAGCUUUUGAGUAGACUUCCGUGGUUUUUACCUUUUGCUUUAAA